CUCGUUUAUUCGCGACCUCAGUUUCAGAGAGAGUGAGACGUACAGAGAGAGGCGCAAAAAUGGUGAAGUUUCUGAAGCCGAACAAAGCAGUGAUAGUGCUGCAGGGCCGUUACGCGGGGAAGAAGGCGGUGAUAGUGCGAACCUUCGAUGACGGCACGCGCGAGCGCCCCUACGGUCACUGUUUGGUUGCAGGAAUAAAGAAGUAUCCUAGCAAGGUCAUAAAGAAGGACUCGGCCAAGAAGACCGCCAAGAAGUCGCGCGUGAAGGCCUUCAUCAAGCUCGUCAAUUACCAGCACUUGAUGCCCACUCGCUACACGCUCGACGUGGACCUCAAGGACGCCGUCAACCCCGAUGUCCUCAACGCCAAGGAUAAGAAGGUCACCGCCCUAAAGGAGACCAAGAAGCGCCUUGAGGAUCGCUUCAAAACCGGCAAGAACCGGUGGUUCUUUACCAAGCUCAGGUUCUGAGCUAAAUUGUACGCUUUUGUUUUCAACCGUUUUCAUUGGAUCUCCCUUUGUCGUUUUAAUUAUUGCUUUAUAAUGCUAUUUUGAGGUUAGAUUUUUAAACUGUUGUUUAAAUUUUUGCUCAAUUGAAUGUUUAAUGUGCUUGUGGAGAUUAUAAAUGGAGCUUUUAGGGAUUA